UCAGAGGAGGUUGUCAUGGCGCGUCUGAACUGGUGUCUGGCGGCGGUCAUCAGCUGGGGCAAGUUCCUCUUCUCGUGCUUCUUCCCGCUGCGCUCGAGCAGAAGGGACCAGCCAGAUGAGUUUGAAGGGGUCCACUCCCAUACCUUCCGUGUGAAGGCAUUCAAGAAAGCCAAGUGUUGUGCAGUAUGCAAGCAGGCUGUCACCAAGGAAGGCCUGGUCUGCAAAGCUUGCCAGUUAUCAUGUCACAAAAAGUGUGAAGUAAAGGUCUCCACUGCCUGCACGACUGCUGCCAACUAUGAGCUGCCUCCCACUGCUGAACUUCCUCUGAAACAUGUAGAGACUCCGGGAUCUACCAAAUCCACCAGAAGCAUGGAUUCUCGUCAGAGACCCUCACGGAGCCUGAGUAUGAUCCAGAACCUGGACGACACGGAGGUGGACCUGGUGUACAUCACGGAGCGGAUCAUCUCGCUGUCCUUCCCCACGGGCUCCGACGAGCAAGGCUACACCUCCCACCUGAAGGACGUGGCCGCCAUGAUGAGGUCCAAGCACGGAGAGCACUACCUGGUUCUUAACUUGAGUGAGCACCGAAAUGACAUCGUCAAGCUGAACCCAAAGGUCAUGGACUUUGGCUGGCCCGAUCAACAUGCACCUGCCCUGGACAAGAUCUGUAGCAUCUGCAAGGCCAUGGACACCUGGCUCAAUGCAGACAUACACAAUGUAGUCGUUCUACACAACAAGGGCAAUCGGGGUCGGACCGGGGUGGUGAUCGCGGCCUACAUGCACUACAGCAACAUCUCUGCCAGUGCUGACCAGGCCCUGGACAGGUUCGCCAUGAAGCGCUUUUAUGAAGACAAAGCCCUGCCAGUGGGCCAGCCGUCCCAGAGGAGAUAUGUACAGUAUUUCAGCGGACUUCUCUCUGGUCAUAUCAAGAUCAACAACAAGCCUCUGUUCCUGCACCACGUCAUCAUGCACGGCAUCCCCAACUUUGAGUCCAAAGGAGGUUGCAGGCCAUUCCUAAAGAUCUAUCAGGGGAUGCAGCCAAUUUAUAUGUCUGGGAUAUACAAUGUUCAAGGUGACAGCUCCACAAGUAUCUGCAUAACCAUAGAGCCUGGCCUUCUCCUGAAGGGAGACAUUCUGCUGAAGUGCUACCACAAGCGCUUCAGGAGCCCGAGCAGGGACGUGAUCUUCAGGGUGCAGUUCCACACGUGUGCCGUCCACGACCUCGCCGUGGUCUUCACCAAGAAUGAGCUCGACGAGACAUUCAAAGAUGACAGAUUUCCGGAGUAUGGGAAGGUUGAGUUUAUCUUCUCAUUUGGGCCAGAAAAGAUAAAAGGACUUGAUCAUCUGGAGAACGGUCCGAGUGUCUCCGUAGACUACAAUACCCAGGACCCCCUGAUCCGUUGGGACUCCUAUGACAACUUCCACAAGCGCCUUGAAGAUGCACCAGACGACGUAGUGCACACACAGGGUCCAGUCGACGGCAGUCUCUACGCUAAGAUCCGAAAGAAGGACUCCGCCGAGGGCAUCGUCUCCGUUAACGGCCUCCCGCCGGCCGAGCGCGCUCAUGCUCCCCUCCAGCAGGCCGUCGGAGUAGCCAACCACGCGCUUCCCCUCCCCGUCGUCAACCACGCCCUCCCGGUCGCCGACCACGCGCUCUCGGUGAGCAGCGACUCGGGCAACUCCACCGCCUCCGUCAAGACCGACCGCACCGAUGACCCGCAGUCCCAGCAGGGCGGCGCCGCCGGCGGAGGAAGCGGCAGCGGGGGGGCCUGCGUGAACCAGCCGCCCGGCGCCGAACCGUCCCUGAGCCCGCGGGAGAAGCGCGAGCUCGAGCAGCUGCUCAGCGGUCUCGAGGGAGGAGGAGGAGCCCAGGGGGGCCGACAGGGGAGCCCGGCGGCCGUCGGGGGCAUCCUCCACCUGGUGCCCGCGCAGGUGCAUGUCAACGGCCGCGGCCUGAUCCGCGCCAACACCGUCCCGACAGCGGCGUCGGCGGCGGCGUCCGCGUGCGCCGCGGGCAACCGGUGCGAAACCGAACGCGAGACCGAUAUCCUCGACGACGAGCUCCCGGAGGCCGACAUCAGCGCCGACAGCCUCGGGACGAUCUCGUCUCUGGACGGACACGAGACUCCGGCCACCGACAACCAGGGACACAGCGACUACCAGACGCCCCAGCAGCAGCAGCAGCAGCAGCAGCAACCGCCGUCUGACUCGACCACCGUGGACAUCGAGGGACCGUCGGCUCUCCCCGAGUUCCGGUCCAGCAGGAGAGACAUGCCCGUGCACCAGGUGCACGGCUCGGCCUCCGCACAGGAGCGUCUGAUCGACUACAGCGACCAGAACGGGGCCAUGUACCGCUCGCAGUCCUACGGGGCCGCCCCGGCCAUGGACCCAGGGGCGGCCGCCAGGCUCCUGCCCCAGGCGCCCGAGAGGAGCACGAGCAGCCGCGAGGCCGUCCAGCGCGGCCUCAACGCCUGGCACCAGUACGGCCUGGUGGACGACCCGUUCUUCGGGCCCAUGUCGGGCCUGUCGCGCUUCCCCACGUCGCCGAGCGGCGCCUCGCAGAACGACGUGGAGCAGUCCAUCGAGGCGCUCAACAUGCUCAUGAUGGACCUGGAGCCCACGCAGACGCCUGUGCCCAAGUCCCAGAGCGCCCCGCCGGGCGACAACCCGGCCGCCUACCAGGGGCCCUUCGCCCAGAACUACCCGAGGCCCUCGUACCAGGCGGACCAGGCCAUCCACAGCUACUCGGCGGGCUACCCGCCCUCCACCCCGGCCAGCUACGGCCAGUCCUCUCAGAGGUCCUCCCCGGCCUACCCGCCCAUGUCGCCCUCCAUGGAGCCACACAGGGGGGCCUUCCACUCCCCCACCCACCCCCAUGAGGCGUACAUCCAUCGGGGAGGCCCUGGGUCCCCGUCCCCCACGCUCCACCACCCGCAGCCCCUGAAGCCCCAGAGCGCCUUCACCCCAGGGGGAGGCAGCUCGGUGUGCUACACCCCGGAGCUCCAGGGCAUCUCCCCGUACCCCACCACCCAGAUGAGCUACAGUGCCUCCUCCUCUCCCCUCCCAUCGGUUACCCCCGCCAGGGAGGCUGACCCCGAGGAGGAGAGCCUGAACCUGGAGGGGCUGGUGGCCCACCGCAUAGCUGAGUACAACGCUCGCAUCCGGGGCAUCUCGGCGAGUAUGAGCCCCCAGCCUCAGGGCCGCGAACGCCAUCGCUCCUAUUCUUUUUCUGGGUCAAGGUCACACACAGCAACCCCAGAUGAGUCCGGUUCGUCCAUGCGUCGCCGCACGACCAGCGAGGGUCAGUACCACAACGGUCACGAGGAUCGUCCAGCUCACGGGAAUGCCUCCCGCGCCCCUGUCUCGCCAGAGUUUGUUACUGUUAUCGCCUCGAAUCCUGGAGGCCGACCAAGGGAGGUUCACAUGCACAGCUACCGGGAGGCGUUUGACGACACCCCGGACGGCAGCGGCGGCGCCCCCACCAGCCCGACCCCCAGCGCCGGUGGUCGCUCCCCGCCAGGCUUGGCCAAGACGCCGCUGUCGGCCCUGGGGCUGAAGGGCCCGCAGAGCCCCAACGAUGUUCACAUGCAGCAGAGCAGCUCCGAUUCUGACUCUAGUGAUGAAAUGGAAGAGCCGCGAGGCUACAUUGGACCCGUGGCUCACGUUGGAGGGAGGGGUCUGGCCAUGUCGCCGAGCCACCAGCACCCCCUGUACCCGUCCGAGACUAUGGAGAGGGCAGCGCCCCCUGCCCACGGCAUCAACCCCCCUCUCUCACCCCUCGGCACCGGCCACCACCCUGAGGGACGCUUCUCUCAUCCUGACGGCUCCAUGCGGGUGGCCAGUCCUCCGGUGCCAGUGUCCGGCGUGGGCUACCCGCCCAACACCACCGAGCUCACGCACCCCCACUUCUACCCCGACCCGCUGGGCUACCUGGACCCCGAGGAGGCCACGGUCAACAUCAUGGGCGUCCACCGCGUGCCGGGCAGCCCCAACAUGCUCCACCGCACCGUGGCCACCAACACCGCCCCCAGCCCCGUCCUCCAGCGCCGGCUCGCCAAUCAGAGCCCGGUCACCGGCCGCCGGGUCGACGGCGACCCCAACAGCCCCGCGUCCGCGCGCCACCUGGGCACCGCCAAAGCCGUGCCCCCGAGCCCCACCGUGGGCCGCCACGCUCAGACCCCGGGCAGCGCCGGCAGCCUGAGCCCGGAGAGGAGGCCCAGCAGGCAGGCCAGCCCCGACGGGCGCCAGUCCAGCGCCUCCGGGGGUCCCCUGCUGCCCGACAAGAGGCACACGCCCAGCGCCACCCCCACCGAGGGCUCCAUGAACAGGAAGAUGUCCUCGCCAGGGCCCAGCGGCGCCAGCACGCCCGUCAUGCCCCCGCACGCAACGUCCGAACCUGCCAUCGUCUCCAUCUAUGCUGAUGGACCACCAGACAUCAAGCUCAACGUAAAGUUUGUGCAGGACACAUCCAAGUUCUGGUACAAGCCAGAGAUCUCCCGGGAGCAAGCGAUCUGCCUGCUGAAGGACAGAGAGCCCGGGGCGUUUGUGAUCCGAGACAGCCACUCCUUUAAGGGGGCCUACGGCCUGGCCAUGAAGGUGGCCUCACCUCCACCCACCGUGCAGCAGACCAAGAAAGUGGGUGACAUCACUAACGAGCUAGUUCGUCACUUCCUGAUUGAGACCAGUGCUAAGGGCGUGAGGCUGAAGGGCUGUCCCAACGAGCCCUACUUUGGCUGUCUGUCUGCGUUGGUGUACCAGCACUCCAUGACACCGCUGGCUCUCCCAUGCAAGCUAAUGAUCCCAACCCGAGACCCAAAUGAGGAGGCCAUUGAGUUAGCCACUCCAACAAGCUCCACCAUUGACCUACUGAAGCAGGGUGCAGCCCCUGUCGGUCCCCUGACAGUUUGUCCCUCUUAUGCCACCGUAGGGUCGAAGGUUCCUGAUGAGUCACAGGCAUGCAAUGUUCUGUACGUUAACUCGGUGGAGAUGGAGUCCCUGACGGGCCCCCAGGCCAUUGCCAAAGCCAUCAGCGAGACGCUGGCGGCCCAGCCACUGCCCAGUGCCACUGUCGUCCACUUCAAGGUGUCCACCCAGGGCAUCACCCUCACCGACAAUCAGAGGAAAAUCUUCUUCCGGCGCCACUAUCCCAUCAACACCGUCACCUACUGUAACCUUGACCCGCAGGACAGAAAGUGGAACAAGGCAGAGGGUGGAGCGGCUAAGUUAUUCGGAUUUGUGGCCCGGAAACAAGGAAGCACAACAGACAACGUCAGUCACCUGUUUGCCGAAUUGGAGCCAGACCAGCCGGCCAGCGCCAUCGUCAGUUUUGUCUCCAAGGUCAUGCUCGGCACCCCCAAACAGUGAAGACUGCUCUGGCAGACAUUUUGUUUUUUCUCUAAACUGCGUGUGUUCUUUUUUUCCUCCCACAAAGACACGUUUUUUCAUGCCCUUUUUGUGUGGAUAUAUUUUUUCAUAAAGGUCUCUCCUCCCGUCCUUCUUUGGAAGAGACAGGAAGGAGGAGUUGAGUAAACUGUUGACUUUAUUUCUUGUUUUUCUUUCUUUAAGUUGUCAAGGUGUUGAUUUUUCCUUCAGUGAAGUAGGAGAACAUUCAAGAUGGAGUCUAUGCACGUGCAAGAGCGCUCAGAGGUUUUUCUGGAAGAGGAAGGGGAGAAUUCUUCUCCCAGUGGUUCAUCCAGACUUGAAGAGAAUUUAGGAAUUAACGAGUUUUAAAAGAAAGACAAAGUGAAGAAACGAGAAAAAAAAGCAACAAAGAAUCAUUUUUCAGAUAGAACAACAUAGAACAACCAAAGGUAGUGUUCAGAACAAGUAUGCCAUUAUUGGACAAUUUAUUCCAUUUUGUUUUGUAAAGGAAUUUUACUUUUAACCAGACUGUCAAAAAAGUACAAAAUCCCUCUGGACAAAAAAAGAAAAAAAAGAUUUUUUUUUUGUCUGUCUCUGUGACUUCUUCUUUCAAAAAGAACACUGAAAAAAAAGAAAAAGUAUUCAGUGACGAUAUGCAUGUUCGCUUGCAAAUGCCCCUAGCUGCUUCUUUAACCCUUCGUUGUUGGUCAAGACUGCUCUCUCUGUGGACACUGGUGGACUCGAGACUGUAGGAUGCUACCAGGUCUACCGAUCACAACACCUACACACACAGACACCAGUUCAGUUGACCAAACUGCAUAUCAGGAAAAAAAAAAAAUGAAAAACACUGUGGUCCAACAUCAGCAAUAAUGUCACCCAGGCCCCAGGCUCAACUAGUCGAGCUCAGAAAGAGGGGGGAACUGUUGGGGAGGAGUGGAUUGUGGAUUGGCUGCUCUGGCCUGUAGAUGCAAAAUGUCUGUGACUGCACUGUAUCAGGAUGCAGGGGAAGGAUACAAGUCUCAGCUCAUGCACAGAGCCUGUAAAGCAGGAGAGAGACGUUCUACAGGUCACCUCACACACACACACACACACACACACACACACACACACACAGAUACACACACACACAGACACACACACACACACACACACACACACACACACACACACACACACACACACACACACACACACACACACACACACACACACACACACACAAAUGUGCACAUCUCCCUAUAAUGCCCACACUGGACACUGGAGGGGUGAACAAUUCAUCGCCUGGAUGGACCAACAGCGAUGCCCCCGCAUGCCGUAGUGCAAACGUAGCUCCUUUAACCUUUAACCUUUACCCUUGAAUCCCCGACUCGAUGAACUUUGCCCCCCUCCCCCCCACACUAUCCUCUGAACGCAGAUCACCCCUUUCCCCUGCUGUAGGAAAGAAACAAAAAAAGAAGAAAAGUUGCUAUGGCGACACUGAUCGCUAAAGACUUCAACUGCAUGUGAUGCUACCUUCAGGUGUUUUCUUUUCUUUUCUUUUUUACUUCGAAAAAAGGGUCUUACAUCUUGUUGAAGUUACCGCUAUGCUCUGUCUUUAUCUUUGUCACGCACACACACAUACACACAUACUGUACACACACACACACACACACACACUCUACUAACGCAAACACACACACACACACACACAUAAGCACAUCAUUUCUUCUACCGAGUGGAGUUUUAUUUCAGCCAAACACACAGUAGGCAAUGUCUACCUUUUCUUUCAAGGAAAAAAACAAAGAGUUGCUUUCUGUUCACACUGCCCCAUUACCACACUUGUUUUCUUCACUGUGUGAGAGCGUGGCUUAAAAAAAAGAAGACAACAUAAAGAAAAAAAACAAUACACAAAGCCCAAUCUUCAUAAGCUAUUGACAAAAAAGAUAAACAUGACUAUAGAUAAUGAUGACUACAUAUGUAUUACUAUAAAAAGGUGACUUUAAUGAAAAUAUUUAUUUUUGUUGCUCUCUCUUGCUUUUGGGUUAUUCAUGCAGUAUAUUGAAAUGACAAGAUAUUGUAUAGUCAACAUUCAAAAACAUCGGAGACUACAUGGGGGAGGGGGGAAAUUAUUUUGGUUAAGAGUUAAAACGUCAGGAGUGGGGGAAAAAAGACAUCUCUUGAACAUAAUAAGACGUGUGUCCAGUCGAGAGUCACUUUGUUUUGCGUGUGGUCACUGCUCCAUUUUGUCUCAUGUUGAGGUUUUUUGAAGUGUGUGAGGGGAAGACAUACAUGUAUAAUAAUAAAAAAACACACACAAUGUUUGUAUUUUUGUUUUUAUAUGCAUUCUUUUUUUUUAUUUGUAAUCCAUCAGUUUGUGCAGUUGCAGGAUGAUAACGCUGUCUGUCAUUUGUGUGUGUGUGAUGGAGAUGGAACUAAAAGUCUGCCAGCUACAGACUUUAAUUUGCCCACCAAGAAUGUCCAGAGGAAGGCACACAAAUGUGUUGGCCAAAGAGGUAAACUCGGAAGAUCCACAGCAUAGGCUACCCCAUCUAUAUAAUUGUAUAGCACUUACAGACUGCCAGUGCCACCCUAGUUAAGUUAAACCAGUGUCUAAACAUACGUUUUCUAAGGGCAAGCUUCUAAGACAGACUCUACAACAGAUGUCAGUGCGGUUCUUACAGUUCUGUUGUUGGCAUACAGUGUUGAAAGCUCUGUUGAAUAAGAUCUCGUUGUUAUUAUUAGGGGAAGAGGCAGGUGUCAUGGCUGCCAAGAACCUCUGUUGUAGAUCAUGCCUCUACGAAGCACCAUACUCCAUUCAGAAUCACUAUAGCUGUACACAAACAUGCAGUUUCUUCGCCUUUUUUCAUGUAACAAGACCUCAAAGCGAACACAAGAUAACAAAAAAAUACUGACUGUCCUUUGUGUAACAUAAAAGUAUGUAUUUAUUUCUGUUUUUAAAUUAUGUUUUGUUUGUGUUUUUUUUUUUUUUUUCACUCACCGGUUGGUCUUCCCCAUAGUCAGGCCCAGUGCUUUGGUGUCAUCAGUGUUACCCAGAAUGUUCUAGACUCGCAGGCGACCCGGCGGACGUUCUCCUCGGAUGUUUGCCUGAAGUCUGUGAGUUGGCUUUGCUAAAGAUGGAGUCUGGGGUUUGAAUGUGUGAAUGUACUACUAAGGCUGUACAGAGCUUCUGUGGGAUUUAUGUGUUUUUAUUUCAUUUUGUUUUAUUUUAUGUUUAUUUGUGUUAUAAUGCCAUGGCUUUGUUCCUGAGGAGAAAAAAAAACAUUAAAGCAAUACAAACCAGUUACA